AUGCCCAAAGGCCGACUUCAAACAGAACUGAAUCGGGACGGUUCUGCCUGGAGCGGUUCUCCUGAAAAGGAAGAUAGUAAAAGGCAUGUUGUCUUCAGUACCAGCAGUGAUGAUGAUGAUGUGAUAAAGAAGAGGCAACAAGAUGUGGUGAGGUUUCUGGAAGCCAAUCGCAUAGAGUUUGAAGAAGUGGAUAUCACAAUGUCGGAGGAGAAAAGACAAUGGAUGUAUAAAAACAUUCCUGAAGAUAGGCAGCCCGCGCAAGGCAAUCCACUGCCACCACAGAUAUUCAGUGAUGAUCGGUACUGUGGAGAUUAUGAUGGUUUUUUUGAAUCAAAGGAGAGCAACACUGUCUUCUCCUUUCUUGGACUGAAACCUACUUUGGCAUCAAAGAGGUAUGAUGUGAAUGAUGUUCAUGACUACCAGCUGCUGGAGUAA